UCUGGGUCAGCGUAUUUCCGCAUCCCUACUUGGUCGCCUGGCGCGUAUGACCGUCCUCCCGAGGUUUUGGUGGGCGAGCUCGCAGGGGGCAUGUGCCAGGGCCUGCUGUCUAAGUCCUGGCAGUUCAAACCCAGGUCGGCGCCUUCCCGCUGAGUCACUUUGAGCAAGAUCUACCUCUGCAACUUAACUCUUCUCUGGGAAGAACACUCAGGAGAGCAAGAGUAUGGCCCCAGGGCUCUUGACAACCAGGGACGAGGCAUUAAUGGCCUUCCAGGAUGUGGCUGUGGCCUUUACCCAAAAGGAGUGGAAGCUAUUGAGUCCUGCUCAGAGGACCUUGUACAGAGAAGUGAUGCUGGAGAACUAUAGCCACCUGGUCUCACUAGGAAUUGCUUUUUCCAAACCAAAACUCAUCACACAUCUGGAGCAAGGGGAGGAGCCCUGGAGAGAGGAAAACGCAUGUCUUCUGGACCUUUGUCCAGAACGCGGGACAGAAUUCCGGCCCUGUCUCUCCCACCCGGUGGCCUUAUCUAGUCCACGAUUCCUCAGACAAUAUGUGCUAAGUGGUCGUCCCCCUCCAAUCUUCACAAGCUCAUCUACAAAAAGUGACUUCCAACUAGAAGCUCCAAGGUGCUUGAUUGAAAGAGAAGGUGGAGAGAGAGAAGGCCUUGGCACCAUGUUUGGGAAGAUGAAGCCAAGCAAGAUUUCGAGGACAUUCUUCUGCCCACAUCAAGGUCACCCAGUAGACUGGGUGAAAGACAACAGAACGGGAGAAAUAGACCUUGGCCUGGCCCAGAGGAUGAGCCCUGGAGAGUCAGACAGAACGUUGAAGGGGGCGGAUGUCUCAGAAUCUGGAACAGUCACAUGCGGAAAAUACAGACUGGGGCCCAGCCAAAAGUCAAGUGUAUUCAGCCACCAGAAACAUCAUGUGUGCCCUGAAUGUGGGAGAGGCUUUUGCCAGAGGUCAGACCUCAUCAAGCACCAGAGGAUACACACAGGGGAGAAGCCUUACCUGUGUCCCGAAUGUGGUCGCCAGUUUAGCCAGAAGGCCUCCCUCACCAUACACCAGAGGAAGCACUCAGGAGAGAAGCCAUACGUGUGCAGGGAAUGUGGGCGACACUUCAGGUAUACGUCCUCUCUCACGAACCACAGGAGGAUUCACUCUGGGGAGAGACCCUUUGUAUGUCAGGAGUGUGGCCGAGGCUUUCGCCAGAAGAUAGCCCUCGUCCUUCACCAGAGGACACACUUGGAAGAGAAGCCCUUCGUGUGCCCUGAGUGUGGAAGAGGCUUUUGCCAGAAGGCCUCGCUCCUGCAGCACCGGAGCUCACACACGGGCGAGAGGCCCUUCUUAUGCCCUGAGUGUGGGCGUGGCUUCAGGCAGCAGUCGCUGCUGCUCAGUCACCAGGUCACACACUCAGGGGAGAAGCCUUAUGUCUGCACUGAGUGCAGGCACAGCUUUCGCCAGAAGGUCACCCUUAUCAGACACCAGAGGACACACACUGGGGAGAAGCCUUACCUGUGCCCCCAGUGUGGGCGGGGUUUUAGCCAGAAGGUCACCCUCAUUGGACACCAGAGGACACACACUGGGGAGAAGCCUUACCUGUGCCCCCAGUGUGGGCGUGGCUUUGGGCAGAAGGUCACCCUCAUUAGACACCAGAGGACACACACAGGAGAGAAGCCUUACCUGUGCCCUGAGUGUGGGCGUGCCUUUGGCUUUAAGUCACUCCUCACCAGACACCAGAGGACACACUCAGAAGAGGCGCUUUAUGUAGACAGGGUGUGUGGGCAAGGCCUUGGUCAGAAGCCACACCUCGCCGCUGACCAGAGGACACACUCAGGAGAGAAGCCGUGCGUGUGUGACGAGUGUGGGCGCGGCUUUGGCUUUAAAUCCGCCCUCAUCAGACACCAGCGGACCCACUCAGGGGAGAAGCCGUACGUGUGCAGGGAGUGUGGGCGCGGCUUUAGCCAGAAGUCCCACCUCCACAGGCACAGGAGGACCAAGUCUGGCCAUCAGCCCCUACAAGAGGCGCUCUCCUGAUCUUUCCUUUCUUUUCCCCAUGAGUGGGAAACUGGCGAAAAUCACUAGUAAAUGUUCUACUUCACUGAUGGAAAAAAAUCAUUACUUUCUUUCAUCGAUCAUGUAAUGGUCGAUUUGUGGUUGCUUUUUGCAUGAGUGAUGUGUCUUUGUUUGCUAGGGCUACCAUAACAAAAUACCCUAGACUGAGUGGCUUAAACAUCAGAAGCUUAUUUUCUCAUAUUUAUAGAGCCUAGAAGCCCCAGAUCAAGGUGUCAGCAGGUUUGGUUGCUGCUGAAACCUCUCUCCUUAGCUUGCAAAUGGCUCUUUUCUCACUGUGUCCUCACAUGGCCUUUUCUCUGUGCACAUUUGUCCCUUCUUAUACAGACACUAGUCAUUUUGUUUAGGGCCACAACCAUAUAACCUUAUACAGUCACAUUGGGAGUUAGGACUUCAACAUAUAAAUUUUGGGGGAACAGUUCAGUCCAUUACUCUCUGCCCUCUGGACCACCAAAGUUCAUAUCCUUCUCACAUACAAAAUACAUUCACACUAUCCCAGCAACCCCCAAAUUCUUAACUCAUUCCAGCAUCAACUUUAAAUCCAAAAUCUCAUCUAAAUCAGUAUUAUCUAAGUCAAAUUUAGGUAAGACUCCAAGUACAAUUCAUCUCCAGCUGUGAUAAUAUGAAACCAAGUAAGUUAUCUGUUUGCAAAAUACGAUGGUGGGACAAGCAUAAGCUAGACUUUCCUAUUCCAAAAGAGAGACAUUAGAAACACAAGGAGUGAUGGAUCCCAAGCAAGUGUGAAACCAAGAUGACAAAUUCCAUUAGAUUUUAAGACUCAAGAAGAAUCCCCUUUGGCUCAAUGCUCUGCUUCUGGGCUCACUGGGGCAGCAGUUCUUGGCCCACAAAAUUGAGGAGGAGACACACUUGCCCCCCCGAUCUGUACUCCCUGAGCCUAUGGUCAGAGUGGUAGCCCUGCCCAUAUCUGAAUCACCUUUGAGAAUCACAUUCUUCCCUUUUCUUGAAGAUUAAUGCAUGUUUACAGCUCGGUAAUCCUAUUGUACUUUCCUUUAGAAUUCCAGAAGUUCAAUAACCUGCCUUCAUUUUGUCCCAUCUCUCUCCCUUUCACUUCAAGCAGUUAGAGUUUCUGGUGAGAUGGUUAAUUGGUUCCAUGAUUUACACCUGUACAAAUCUCUUUAUCAAAUGGUUGUUCAUCAACACCCUUGGUGUUCUGUCUAGAACAUGCUUUCUCAUUUUUUGCAAUAUGGAUAGGCUGAGAAUUUUCUAAAUCUUAAAGUUCUGGUUCCUUUUUGCUUAACAAUUCUUCAAUUUAUCUCUCUCCUCUCAUACUUUACUAUAAGCAGCAAGGAGAAAUCAGGCCAUGCUUUCAUCACUGUGUAGAAAUCUCAUCUGAAUAUUCUGCUGUUAUAUUACUUACAACUUCUACAUUCCACAAAACACUGGAAUACAUUUUGGCCACAUUCUUUGCCACUGUAUAGCAAGGAUUCCAGUUUGCAAUGGCUUGCUCCAUUUCUGUGUGAGACCUCACCAGAAUCACCUUUAACAUUUAUAUGCCUACCAAUAGUCUCUUUAAGGCAAUCCAGGCUUUUUCUAACAAUUCCUCAAAAUUCUUCCAGCCUUUACCUAUUACCCAGUUCCAAGCCACUUCCACAUUUUUAGGUUUGUUAUAAUAGCACCCACUCUUGGUACCAAAGUUUGUAUUAGUUUGCUAGGACUUACAUAAAAAAGCACCAGAGACUGGGUGCUUUAAGUAAUAGAGCUUUAUUUUCUCACAGUUAGGAAGAUGGAAGUCCCAGAACAAGGUGUUGGCAGGUUUGAUUUCUACUGAAGCCUUUUUCCUUGGCUGGUAGAUGGCUACCUUCUCACUGUAUCCUCACAUAGCCUAUUAUGUGCAUGCACUUCCUGGUGUCUCUCUUAUGAGGACACCAGUCAUAUUGUAUUAGGGUCACACCCUUAUGACCUCAUUUUAGCCUUAAUUACCUCUUUAAAUGUCCUAUCCCCAAAUACAGACACAUUGAGGAUUAGGGCUUCAACAUGUGAAUUGGGUUGGGGGAGGGACACCAGUCAGUCCAUAACACUCUGCCCUAUGGAUACCCCAAAAUUCCUGUCUAGCCGUCAGCUCCUGCCAUAAGGGGUGUUCUCCUGACCAUUCCUUUCCUUUCUCCAUAAGUGUAAAGAUGGUAGAAGUCACGUGUCAGUGUUCCACUUUCUUGAUAUGGAAUGGAGGAAAAAUGUUGCUUUCUUCAAUAGUCAUGAGAUAGUUUGUUUGUGCUUUAUCUCCUGCACAGCAGCCUCUGUAUUUUAUGAUGUUUUGUUUUAAUAAACUGCUUCUCUACAAAGUUGCA